CUAAGGUAGCUGAAAGAACACUUGGUCGCUAGAAUGAAUUCUCCGAUCAAACUCCCCAAUACAAUCCUCCUAUACUUGCUUACCCUCUGUAUCAUUACUAAAGCACAGAACCUCAAUAACCCCAAUUACCUCCAUCAUUUUUGCGACAACACAACCACUUCCACAACAACCUACAAGGACAAUUUAAAUACUCUUCUCUCAUCACUUGCCUCUAAUGCCACCAGCAACAGUAUUGGAUUCUUCAAUGCCUCUGCGGGCCUGGAACCUGAUGAUGUCUACGGCCUCUUUUUCUGUCGUGGUGAUCUUAGCACUGACGUCUGCCAAAAUUGCGUGGCCAAUGCCACCAGUGAUAUAGUUCAACGACAUUGUCCAACCCAAAGGGUGGCUCUCAUAUGGUAUGAUGAGUGCUUCCUGCGUUACUCAAACAAGAUCAUGUUCUCCACCAUGGAAAGAGACCCUAAUUACACGUUGUGGAAUGAAAAAAAUCUAGCUGUCCCUACAGAUUUUAAUCGGAUACUUGUGGACACUAUAGGCACUGCAGUUUAUCGGGCAGCAAAUAUGCCAGCAGGUGCUAAGAAGUUUGCAGCCACAAAAGCUAAUUAUACAACGGACGACAAUCUGUACGUCUUGGUGCAGUGCACACCAGAUCUAUCUAGCCGCGAUUGUCAUCAAUGUCUUCUAGCAGCUUAUUCUGGGUUGGAAAUUUGUUGUAAUGAAAAGCAAGGAGGAAGAAUCAUGUUUCCGAGUUGUCUUGUUAAUUUUGAAAUGUAUAUAAAUUACAAUGAAACUUAUGUCGAGGCUGCAGCCUUGGCACCAUCACCUGUACCCCAAGGAGACAAAAGAAGUAGCAAAAAAAUUUGGAUUGUAAUCGGUGCAACUCUAUCUACAAUUGUCGGGGUCCUACUGUUCAGUUCUUUCGCUUACACCAUGUGGAGAAGGAAGAAAAGAGAGGAAAUACGAAACAGCCAGGUGAUUCAAUUACUUGAUAUGGAAGGAAGGACAAUUGAAGAUGACUACUCGAAUGAAAUUAUGUAUGGGGAGGUGAAAUCCCACGAUUCUCUUUUGAUCCAGCUAGAUAUUGUACUCAAAGCUACAAAUCAAUAUUCUAAUGAAAAUAAACUUGGUCAAGGAGGUUUUGGCCCGGUGUACAAGGGUGUAAUGGAAGAUGGUAAAGAAAUCGCAGUUAAGAGGCUUUCAAGAACUUCUGGUCAAGGAUUAAGGGAGUUCAUGAAUGAAGUCAAUUUAAUUGCAAGACUACAACACAGAAACCUUGUCAAACUCUUGGGAUGCUGCCUCGAAAAAAAUGAAAAGCUGCUUGUCUAUGAAUACAUGCCGAACAAAAGUCUUGAUGUCUAUCUCUUUGAUUCUACCAUGCGUGUGCAACUUGAUUGGCAAAGACGGCUAAGCAUUAUAAACGGAAUAGCUCGGGGGCUCUUGUAUUUGCACGAAGAUUCACGUCUCAGAAUUAUUCACAGGGACCUCAAGGCCAGCAACAUCUUGCUUGAUUAUGAGACGAAUCCAAAGAUAUCAGACUUCGGAAUGGCAAGGAUUUUCAGUGGAAAUCAUAGUGAGGCUAAUACGAACAGAAUUGUUGGAACAUAUGGAUAUAUGGCUCCUGAAUAUGCCAUGGAAGGGCUAUCUUCUGUAAAAUCAGACGUAUUCAGUUUCGGAGUUCUCAUGUUAGAGAUAAUUAGCGGGAAAAGGAAUGGUGGGUUUCAUCUUUCGGAAGAAGGGAAAAGCCUCCUCAAUUUCGCAUGGAAGCUGUGGUCUGAAGGUAAAGGACUGGAGUUGAUGGACUCAUUACUAGAGAAGUCAAGUGUAGCGACUGAGGUGCUGAAAUGCAUCCACAUUGGGUUGUUGUGCGUGCAAGAAGACCCAGUAGACAGACCAACAAUGUCAUCAGUUGUUGUUAUGUUGGCAGGUGAUAACUUGAAAAUUCCUAUCCCUUCAAAACCUGCAUUUUCUGUUGGUCGAGUUGUUGCGGAAGAAACUACAUCAUCAAAUCAGAGAGUUUGUUCUGUUAACGAGGUCACUCUUUCUAACGUAUUACCACGGUGAUUGUGGAGCAACUCUUCGUUUUUUCUUGUAACAAGAAUGAAUGGUGGAAAGCAGCAGCUAAUCAAAUUUCUCAACAAGACACUUGGCUUUUUAAGAUCAGAUUUUGCUCGCAAAAGACGAAUUAAGCCUUUCUGGGGAUCAUCGGGCUGAAGAUCUCAACAAAGCCUAAUUAUAUUGCACAGUGUGACACGGACGCAUAUCAACAAGUUUUAUCCAAGAAGAAAUCCGGAUGCAUUAAACAAGUUUUCCGCUGAAAGAGGACAUAAAUUUUUAUUUGACCAUUAGAUCAUGAAAAAAUUCUACAAGAGUGUUCUACUGUUACGUAUGGAGGUUGGCUGGCUAGACUAGUCAGCCAAGGUCAAGAACUGUCCAAAUUC